GAUAAAGAUUGCAAUUUGUUGAAGGGAAAAUAUUUAACGCUCUCUUGUGUCUCAAAAUUUGAAGAUUAACCAAAGACGCUUCGCCAUUUGCGAGAUCUUGUCAGACAGAUAGACAGAUACGGACACCAACAUCAACAUCAACAAUAACAGGCAAUCCGCCAGGCUGCCAGCGAAGUCAACAAGUGUGCUCAAACUUUGCUAUUUUCUUUUUUUUUUCUUGUGGAUAAGCGUGGGCGGAGGCUAGACUAAGGCGAUCAGCUGUCAGGCAACUCGAUAAGCGUCUGCUGCUGCCCUCUGCUCGGAAAUACUAGAUAGCAGACACAGUGUAUGCGUGUGUGUGUCUGUGUGUCUGUGUGUAGAUUCCAUAUUCAGUUAAGAUUCAGUUAAGAUCGCUCGUAAUUUGGGCACAUCAUGCCACUCGAUCCGCACAUGGUGACGCGUGCGGUUGUUCUACAGCAUCAGCAAAAGCAACAGCAACAGCUACAUCAAGAUCAGCCUGAUCGCGUCUAAGGCAACCGCACUCCCGCCUCAGCUAAUUGCUCGUGAAAUAUUUGAGAAAAUUAAAAGCAAGCAACAACAAGAACAACAAAACAGUCAAGCAAAAGAGAAGAAUACAAAAAGCAAAGCAAAGCUCAAUUGCUUAAGCUUUGGCGCUGAGAUCUGUGUUUGUCUGUUUAGCCGGAAGAGCCCAAUGUGAACGCAGCGACAGACAGAGUCCGACAGACAAACAAAAUUUCCCCCAAACUCCCCUCAAAGCAACCGAGAACAAGCAACAAUGGUGCAGAGCGAGGAGCAUGCAAAUGCCAGGCGAAGUGCCGAGCUAGAAGCUCAGGCCCUGGCACAGACACAGACACAAACGCAGACGCAGGACGUCGAGGCGGCGUUGCCACAAGCGCCGACGACGCCGCAGCUUGAGGAUGAUGACGACGAUCGACACGUGGAGGCCGAUGCCAAAUUGCUGGACAAUGGCAACGCACAUGGCGGCGGCGGCAACAAUGCAACGUCCGGCCCAGCGGACAAGAGCGAACAGGCCAGGGUCAAGGCCAAGCUAAAGCGGGAAAAAUCGGAACAGGAUCGCCUCAUGACGGAUGAAAUUAACAAAUUGCUGGAUGAGAUGCCACUGGAACAGAAUGUGACCUGCGGUUUUUGGCUGUUUCGUGGUGCCUUCUUUCAACGUUUUGCCAAUCAGACAGCCUAUGUGCUGCUCUAUGGCAUUGUGGGCUGCAUCUUCUCCAUGACAUACGCCUACUUCAAUGGCACCAUUACAACGAUUGAAAAGCGCUUCAAAAUACCCUCAAAGAACACUGGCAUCAUUUCCGUGGGCAAUGACAUCAGUCAAACUUUGGUCUCCGCCGUGCUCGCCUAUUACGCUGGCAAAGGACAUCGACCUCGAUGGAUUGGAUUUGGACUGCUCACUAUUGUUGUGUUCUGUUUGAUGACCACAUCGCCGCAUUUUUUCUAUGGCCCCGGCGAAGAUGCCUUGGCAUUGACCGAGGAGUUUGGCGGUAUUCCCGAUGAGAACGCCACACUCGAGGCCAUCGAGGAGCAGCGCUCCAAGACGCUCUGUCGCCUGCAGGGGGAUGGCGCUGUCUGCGAGGUGGGCGAAGGCAAUUUCGCACCUCAAGUGCUACUGUUUGUGGCACAGUUCAUUUCGGGCAUUGGCGGUUCGCUUUACUACACGCUGGGCGUUUCCUAUAUGGACGACAACACCAAGAAAUCAAAAACUCCGGCGCUGUUGAGUCUCUCGUAUUUCCUGCGCAUGCUGGGUCCUGCCAUCGGUUAUGCCUUGGCAUCGUUCUGUCUGCGCUUGUACAUCGCACCGCAAUUGCAUCCGGUGAUCAACAAUAAGGAUCCACGUUGGCUAGGUGCCUGGUGGCUGGGCUGGAUUGUCAUGGGCGGGCUGCUCGCCUUCUCGGGCGUCUUUCUCUCCAUGUUUCCCAAGGAGUUGCCACGUGCGGUCGCCCGCCGUCUGGUCGAGGAGAAACGUCGUCGCGAGCGCCUUUCGGUGAAGCAAAAGGAAGCUGCCAACCAGUGUGAGAAACUAACGGCUGAGCUAGAGCCACAGACAACGGCAGAGCCCAAGGCAUCGCUGGGCGACAUGCUGGUCACCUUUAAGCGACUGACCACAAACAAAACAUACAUGUGCAAUACGCUGUCGAACAUCUUCUAUCUGAUUGGUUACACGCCCUUCUGGAUAUUCACACCCAAGUACAUUGAGGUGCAGUAUCGCCAGUCGGCGGCCACCUCCAGCAUGGUCACUGGCACCGUUGCCUUGGCCUUCUCUGCGAUUGGAGUGCUGCUCUCCGGAUUUAUUAUCUCACGGUAUAAGCCCAGAGCACGUUACAUGGCCGCCUGGAAUGUGAUUAGCGCCUUUCUGGUUGUGGCUGGUGUGGUGACCUAUGCUUUCAUUGGCUGCCCGGAUAAUGAGACCUCGGUCGUUGUGAAUAUUCACAACCGUGACAUAAAUGAUACAGCCACCUGUAACUCGGCUUGUUCCUGCGAUUAUGUGCGCUAUUCUCCGGUCUGUGGCGAGAACAGCAUGACCUACAUCUCCGCCUGUCAUGCUGGCUGUAAAAUGGUCCAUGUGAACGGCGAUGGCAAGAAGGUAUUUUACGACUGCUCCUGCAUACCUGGAGCUAGUGAGAAUGUCUCUUCGUCGCUGUCCUUCAAGCGCUUAACAGCUUUCGAUAUUGCCGGUGACAACAGCAGCAACUGGGAUACGGAUUUCAGCACCUCUACCACGGCAUCAAGCACUUCCUACUUGGACAUGCUUGCCGCUGGUCAAGCUACUCCGGGUGCGUGUCCUGUGAACUGUUGGACUCAGUUUGUUGCCUUUCUAUCGGUCAUGUGUUUCCUCAAAUUCAUUGGUGCCUCGGGCAGAGCUUCCAAUUUCUUAGUCUCAGUGCGUUGUGUGCCAGAGAAGGAUAAAACCGCCGCCAUGGGAUUUGGCAUGAUGUUGUGCUCCAUGUUUGCCUUUAUACCCGGUCCAAUAUUCUUCGGCUGGAUCUUUGAUCGCAUGUGCCUCGUGUGGGGCAAGACGUGCACCAACAAGGGCAACUGUUGGCUCUACGAUCCGCAGUCCAUGAGAUAUACACUCAACUUUACGGCAGCUGUGUUUAUUACCUUGGGAGCCAUUUUUGAUUUCGGUGUUUGGUAUUAUGUGAAGGAUCUUAAGAUCUUCGACGAGGAGAUCAAGGAAGUCGAAAUGCAAAUCGUGCAGCACGAGGAAGAGACGACUGCCGAGAAGAAUACCGAAAUAUAAGUUAAGCUAACGCCUAUCCUUAAGUGAUUGUGAGUUAAAUUCAGUGGAGUGAAGUUGGGCCAAGAGUUGAGUUGAUUUGUGGUGCCAAUGCAAUGCAUUCAUAUUCGUUAUUCGUUAUUCGUAUUCGUAGUUGUGAUAAAUCCAAUUGUCAAGGCUCUCAUUGCUCCACGAACUAUACAAUUACGAUCAUAGUUUUAUAAUGUACAAUCUAAGUAUGUGUUUGUAUUUGCCAUACGCAUGUCUAUAUUUGAACAAUCUAAAAUAAAGUACACAAAUGUCAGUCGACAGUCCACACUAUAUAAUAUACAAUAUAUAU